GCAGAAAGGACAGAACUGCGGCCAGACGAUGCUGGCGGCGCGACGUGUUUCCGUGGGAAAAUGGACCUACUUGCGGCGACGAGCGGCCUUUGCGACAAACUCCAAGCCUCUCCACAGUAACCUUCAGCAGCUACAUGAUGCUACGUCUGAGGCCAGUCCAUGGGGGAAAGUUGCAUUGGGGAUCAUUGGAGGGAGCGUACUCCUCGGCGUGGGCCUUCGCGUAGUCCCACAACGUGAUGGUCAACAAGCAUAUACCUCAAAGAUCCCCACUGUGCCCACUCCGCCGUCUUCCUCAGCGGUUGCUGCGGCUUUCCCGCAGCGUGAUGCAACGUGGAAGCACACACUGGACCAUGUUGUCCCUGCUAUCGUCUCGCUGAAGCUAAAUUCUCCUAAGUCGUUUGAUACAGAAAGCCCAGGAAAUGGAUGGGCUACGGGCUUUGUUGUCGAUGCAGAGAAAGGAAUCAUUCUCACGAACCGCCAUGUCGUCGGCGCCGGGCCCAUUGACGCCGAAGCCAUCUUUCAAAACAACGAAGAAGUUCGCGUCACGCCAAUCUACCGUGACCCAGUUCAUGACUUUGGCUUUUUCCGCUAUGAUCCAUCGCACGUGCGCCACUUGAACGUGCCGUCGUUGCCGCUCCAUCCGGAAAAAGCCAUUGUUGGCACGGACAUUCGUGUCGUCGGGAACGAUGCAGCGGAGAAGCUAGCGAUUGCCAGUGGCACGUUGGCGCGGCUGGACCGCGAUUGCCCGGCGUAUGGCUUCAAUACGUACAACGAUUUCAACACGUUUUACUUUCAAGCGUCGUCGGGGACGUCUGGCGGGAGUUCCGGGUCCCCCGUGUUGAACCAGGACGGCCAAGUCAUUGCUUUGAAUGCUGGAGGAAAAAUGGGCACAAGUGCAUCGUACUACCUGCCUCUUGACCGCGUCAAGCGCGUGCUGGAACGGCUGCAGCGCGACCCGUCCGCUGUCGUACCUCGGGGUACAAUCCAAACGGUAUUUGUCCACAAGCCGUUCGACGAAGUGCGCCGGCUGGGCCUCCCUGCUGACACGGAAGCAUCCCUGCGCCGCACAUUCCCGGCCGCCAAUGGUCUGCUCGUGGUCGCAGAAGUGCUGCCAAGCAGCCCAUGCGCCACUACCAUCCACCCUGGCGACGUUCUCUUGCGAGUCAACGGUCAACCUGUUCACCAGUUUGUGCCGGUUGAAGCGGCACUGGACGAUUCAGUUGGUCAGUCGGUGCGAUUGGAGUUGGAUCGUGCGGGGAAAUUGGUUUCGGUCGAUGUCCAAGUCCAAGACUUGCACGCGAUCACACCAUCGCGCUUCUUGGACGUGGGUGGCGCGGUUUUGAACCCGCUGUCGUUCCAGCAAGCGCGAAACCAUGCAUUGAAACCCAACGCGCCUUACGUCGCUGACCCAGGUUAUUUUCUCCAGCGGUCGCGCAUUCCGAAGGGGUCGUUGGUGCUGUCUGUGAAUGGCAUCAACACCCCAGACCUGGAAUCGCUCAAGUGUGUGUUGCAACAGUGUGCGGACCAGGAAAAAGUCGUCGUCAAGUACAUAAACGUGGCGACCAAAGUGGAAAAAGUCGAGGUCGUGCAUAUCGACAAGCGAUGGUUCCCCUUUCAAGAGUACACGCGGGACGACUUGACUGGCACGUGGACGUGUGUCAACUUGAACGGGUCGAACGGCGCCGCGACAGCCAAAUCGCCGUCGCCCAGCCAACCUCUUGGCUCGACAUCAAUUCUUCCUGGCAAGAAUUUCAUCGAAGGCGCGCUGGCGCCGUCGCUUGUGACAGUCGAGUACGAUCGGCCAUUUAGUAUCAAUAGCCAAAACAUGUCCAACUACCGUGGCACGGGGUUGGUUGUCGACGCCUCGCAAGGAUUCGUGGUUGUCGAUCGCAACACGGUCACGGAUCGGCUCGGCGAUGUCACUGUGACGUUUGCCAACACGCUCGUCGUGCCCGCGACCGUCCGCUUUGUCCAUCCCGUGCACAACUUUGCCAUUGUCCAGUACGAUCCAGCUUUGAUUGGCAAGACUCCCAUUCAAAGCGCCAAAGUGUCGCGCGCACCGCUCCAACCAUCCGAUCCGGUGUGGCUUGUGGGGCUCAUGAGCGGUGUCGGACGCAACAGCUGGGCAGAGCUCGUGUCCCGCGAGACGUUGGUAUCGAGUGUCAAGUGGAUUUCGCUGCCGAUGCCGACCCCACCGCGCUACCAAGAGCACAAUUUGGAAAUGGUGCAGCUGCAGGACGUUGUAACAACUGAAGGAGGUGCUGUGUGCACCCCAGACGGGAGCGUCGCGGCGUUCUGGGCGUCGUUUUCGUUCCAGCAACAGCGCGGCAAUGCCAAAGUCGAAUCGCAGUUUACACGUGGAAUUCCCAUGGACAUUAUCAUGGACAGCGUCGAUCCGUUGGUACAAGGCGCGCCGACGCCCCACUUGUACGAUCUCGGCGUCGACUUUGAGCACAUUAGUUUGGCCAAGGGACGGGAGUUGGGCAUGGAUGCCGCUCUCGCCCAUGCGUUGGAGAUGCAUGCCCCCGAGCGCCGCACGAUUUUGUCGGUCGGGCGGCGUUGGGGCGGCACUGACGCUCAGUCUCAACUUCGGAAUGGUGACUUGGUAGUCAAAAUUGACGACGCCAUCGUCACGUCGUUCCGGGAAGUCGAGGUGCGUCGAGAUGUGGUGGUGGCCGAGAUGCUGACGUGUGUGUGUCGUCCGAAGGUUGCAACUCAAAAGCCAUCGGUCGUGGCCACAGUGAUCCGCCAAGGAAAGCAACUUGACGUGACGCUGAAGACGGUGCUUCUCGAAAGCUGGGAAGUCGACCGAAUCGUGUGCUGGCAGGGACUGUUGUUGCAAGUUCCACCGCUCUCGGUUGCGUCGCAGAGGGAAAUCUCGUCGAAAGAUGGCGUGUACGUGUCUUGCAGAUACGCUGGAUCGCCCGCCGCGCGGUACGGACCGCCUCCGACGUCUCGCAUUUGUGAAAUCAACGGCGAACCGAUUCGUCAUUUGGACGACUUUGUCGCGGCGUUGAAGCGCCAGCCAAAAACGAACGCGUCGAUUCGAGUCAAGUACAUGGACUUGACCGGCAAAGUCCACCUCACGACUGUGAAGCUGGAACCGACGUUCUGGCCCACGAGCGAGUUGAACUACGUGGAUGGCGAGUGGCACCGCUCGCCGAUCGACUGAGAGCCACACGUUAGACCGUCAUAUCAACACAUUUCUUGUUGCAAGCAUCGUCGGCGACUACGUGGAGGCUCUACCAACGUGACCAUGGAUGGCGGCCAUUGUCGAGCUAACAUGGCCCACAUGACGAGAGGGUUCAAUGUGUCAGCGUGUGUCGUGCCAGGGAUGCAAAUUGUGGAGUCCCUGCAACAUCUC